ACACACCUGCUGCCCCUGUUCCUGGCACAGCUCAAGGAUGAGUGCCCCGAGGUGCGGCUGAACAUCAUCUCCAACCUGGACUGCGUGAACGAGGUGAUCGGCAUCCGGCAGCUGUCGCAGUCGCUGCUGCCGGCCAUCGUCGAGCUGGCCGAGGACGCCAAGUGGAGGGUGCGGCUGGCCAUCAUCGAGUACAUGCCGCUGCUGGCCGGCCAGCUGGGCGUGGAGUUCUUUGAUGAGAAGCUGAACUCACUCUGCAUGGCCUGGCUGGUGGAUCACGUGUACGCCAUCCGCGAGGCCGCCACCAGUAACCUGCGCAAGCUGGUGGAGCGCUUUGGGCACACCUGGGCACAGGGCACCAUCGUGCCCAAGGUGCUGGCCAUGGCCGCCGACCCCAACUACCUGCACCGCAUGACCACGCUCUUCUGCAUCAACGUGGGUACCGGGGGGCACACCUGGGGGCACCUGGGGGCACCUGGGUACAUCCACAACACACCUGGGCACACCUGGGCACAUGUGGGAUACACCUGGGUAUAGCCAUGGCACACCUGGGUACA